AUGGUUAUGGCAAAACUGGGUUUUGGUAUAAAAUGGAGAUCAUGGAUUAUGAAUUGUGUAUCGUCUGCAUCGUUGUCUAUACUUCUCAAUGGAUCCCCACUGAAACCAUUUAGAAUGGAGAAGGGCCUCAGACAAGGCGACCGCUUUUCCCCUUACCUAUUCAUCCUUGUUAGUGAAGCACUGGUGUACUUUCUGAAAAAGGCGGAGGAAGUGAAUCUGAUAGAGGCGGCAAAUCAUGCUCUAUAUCUUGGAGUGCGGAUGACCUCGAGUGGGGCGAGAGAAACGGCUACAAUCAUGGGAUGCUCUCACUCUUCAUGUCCUUUUACCUAUUUGGGCUUUCCUCUAGGUGAUCAUAUGAACAGACGGUCGGCUUGGAAACCAGUGAUAGAAAAGAUCCAAAACAGGUUAGCCUCAUGGAAAGCCACGAUUCUUUCGCGAGCCGAUAGGUUGACCCUCAUAAAAAGUGUCCUCCACUGCCUUCCUGUCUAUUACAUGAGCAUCUUUAAAAUGCCGAAGUCCAUUGCAAAGGAAAUUGUCAGCCUACAGAGAAAAUUCUUCUGGAAUGGGGCGAGCAGUGAUAGUUUGGUUCGUCCUAGGGUCAAAUGGUCCGACAUUGCACUACCGAAAGAGAUGGGUGGUCUAGGGGUUGGAAACAUUAUGCACAAGAAUCUUACCCUGCUGUUUAAAUGGUGGUGGCGGUUCUCGAGGCUGAUACCUCCCUGUGGAAAAGAAUUGUGA